AUGCCUGAAGCCCCAGUGGUGGCCCCAAUGGGCGCCCUCCCCCGUGUCACCAUCAAGUACUGCACGCAGUGCAAAUGGCUUCUCAGAGCAGCAUAUUUCGCCCAAGAGCUGCUCUCCACGUUCUCCACCUCCCUGGGCGAAGUCGCCCUGCAGCCCGCGACAGGCGGCGUCUUCACCGUCACCAUCGUCACCGCCCCCGCUUCCCCUCCUUCUUCUUCUUCUCCCUCUUCGGGAGCCGCCGCAGCAGCAGCAGCGACGACGACGUCGAGAGUCCUGUGGGACCGCAAGGCCGACGGCGGCUUCCCCGAGACCAAGGAGCUCAAGCGGCGCGUGCGGGACGUCAUCGACCCCGGCCGGGACCUGGGUCACGUAGACCGGGACCACAGGAAGGACAAGGCCGAGGGGCGGGUUGGGACGGAGGCUGACGCGGAAGCGCCGGCGCCGGUGCCGGUGCCGACUGCGUGUGCGGUCGAGAGGGGUGGUGGCGGUGGUGGUGGUGACGAGUGCGAGGAUUGCCAGUGA